AUGAUGGCACCAGUCACAAGAGGCAAAGAUCAAGAAGCGAUGAAGCCAGAGCAGAAGGCCAAAAUCACGCUGUACUGGCUCGAAAAAUCCCGCUCCCAACGCAUCCUCUGGCUCCUCGAAGAGCUCCACCUCACCUACGCCCUCAAAACCUACAAGCGCCAAAACAUGCUCGCGCCCCCGGAGCUGCGGUCCGUGCACCCGCUGGGCAAAUCCCCCCUCGUGAGCGUCGAGUCCGCCGACGACGACGCGACCCCGACGAAGAAGCCGCUGGUCCUCGCGGAAUCCGGCUUCAUCGUCGAAUACCUCAUCGACCACUUCGGGCCCUGGCUUGCGCCGGAGCGGUACGCGGGCGGCGGCGGCGGGAAGAAGGAAGGGGAAGGGGUGGGGGAGGUGGGCGGGGAGACGGAGUCGUGGGUGCGGUAUCGGUAUUUUAUGCAUUUUGCCGAGGGGAGCCUGAUGCCGUUUUUGUUGAUUGCGAUGUUGUUGAGCACCAUCAAAACCUCCUCCCCCUUCUUCAUCCGCCCGCUCGCCCUCCUGAUCACCGGCGGCAUCGAGUCCAAGUUCCUGACCCCGAACCUGAAGGCCCAAUUCGACUUCCUCGAAAGCCAGCUCGCGACUUCGCCGGACGAGGGGGAAUUCCUCUGCGGGGCCGACCUGACGGGUGCGGACAUCAUGAUGAGUUUCCCGCUCGCGGCUGCGAAGUCUAAGGGACUCUUCACGGAGAAAGAGCAUCCGAAGCUGUGUGCGUAUGUUGACAGACUUGAGGCCAGGGACGGGUAUAAGAAGGCUGUGCAGAAGAUUGUUGAUGUGGAGGGGAGCUAUGAAAUGUUGUAA